AUGGCGCUCGACGAGAAGCCGCUCCUGCCGCACAGCCAGGUUCCGCCGUCGUCGAAAGCGUCCGGCGUUCCUCCCUCCAUCGUCCUCAAGCCUCGCCGCACCUCGACGACAUCCUCCUUCGCCCGCAACCUCGCCGCCAAGCGCCGAUGGCUCGUCGCCUUUGCCGUCUACGCGAUCGUCGGCAUGGCGUGGCACUCGCGCCUGCCGAGCCUCGUGCGCGAGCUCGACGUCAAGAUGCCGGCGGCGCUGUGGCCGCGCCCCUACGCGGCGAGGGGCGGCCGCGUCGUCUACAACGCUCUCGGCGAGCCCUCGAGCUUCAACCGCUCGUUCGCCCGGCUCCACUUUGCGCCCGGCGACGACGAGGACGACCGCGAGGGCAGCACGCCGCUCGGACCCGCCGCCGACGACGCCUACCACCUCUUUCCUCCCGGCGCCGACCCGUCCCUCGCCGAGUACCUGUCGACCCUCGAGACCUUCCUCCGCACCCACUUCCCGCCUGCCGACACGGACGAGUCGGACCCGUCGUCGCUCAUCAACGCCAUGCGCUCCUACUUCCCGACCUCGCCGACGCCUCGGUGGCCUGCCGGCCUCAUCCCGCGCAAGGUGUGGCAGACGGCGCCCGACACCAAGUACUUCGCGUCGCGCGAGUCGAGCACGCGCACCUGGCUCGCCAACAACCCGGGCUGGAAGGUCGAGCGCCAGGACAACGAGGCGGCCGACCGGUGGGUCCUCGCCCGCUUCUCGCUCGGCAAGGAGGACGACGGGUACAACUCGUCAAGGGGCGUCAUCGCGGCGUGGGACCGACUCGUCGAGCCGGGCGUGCUCCGGAGCGACUUUUGGCGGUACCUCGUGCUCGCCGUCGACGGCGGCGUGUACGCCGACACGGACGUCGACUGCCUCAAGCCGUUCAACCAGUGGGCCUAUGACGCGAGCUGGGAGGGCACGAGACCGUCGGGUUGGCAACCGCCCGCGCUCAUCGUCGGUGUCGAGUCGGACGUCGGCAACCGCGCAGACUGGAACCAGUACUGGCCUCGCCCUCUGCAGAUCACCCAGUGGACGAUGGCGGCCGCUCGAGGACAUCCUGUGCUCGUCGACGCGGUGCGCCGAGUCGUCGAGACGGCGCUCAUGCCCGAGCAGGAGCAGCCCCGCUCGAUCAUGGAGAGGAGCGGUCUGUGGACCGACUCGGUCCUGUCGUACCUCUGGGUCAUGUACCGCCGCUCGUGGCCGACGUUUCGCGGCCUCGACUCGGACGGCUGGCGCUUUCGAGCGUCGGCCGACGCGUCGCAGCUCCUCAUUCCGGCCUGGGCGCAGCUCCUGCCGCACCUGGAGCGGUGGGGCGACGUCAAGGUGCUGAGCAUCACGGGCUUCUCGCCCGGAAUCGGCCACAUGGGCGCCCACGACAAGUCGCACCCUGCGGCGAUGGCGGUACACGGGUUCGCGGGCAGCUGGCGCAAGCAGCGAGGCGCCGAGGUCUGA